GACCCUGCUGCCGGCGUUCGGAAAAAAACGCAGUCCGGUGUGCUCUGAUUGGUCCAGGCUCUUUGACGUCACGGACUCGACCUUUGACAGAGCCACUAGGCGAAAAGGAGAGACGGGAAGUAUUUUUUCCGCCCCGCCUGGAAAGGGUGGAGCACAACGUCGAAAGCAGCCGUUGGGAGCCCAGGAGGCGGGGCGCCUGUGGGAGCCAUGGAGGGAACUUUCCCAGUCUCCGAGGCGGAUCCGGUGUUGCAUCCUUGGAGCGAGCUGAGAGCUCGAGGUGAGCUGGGCUCGCGGUCGCCCCUCUCGCGCGCCCUCUUUGAGAACCAUGGCGUCCAACCUCCCUGGAAAUGGGGGGAACAUGGCCGAGGCGCGUGGCGAGGCCGCCUCGUGGAGGCCCCGGAGCGGCAUCCUCAGCGCCCCAGCGAUCCGGUGCCCAUUAGUACAGAACCUGCUAAGGCCAUCAAACCUAUUGAUCGGAAGUCAGUCCAUCAGAUUUGCUCUGGGCCGGUGGUACUGAGUCUAAGCACUGCGGUGAAGGAGUUAGUAGAAAACAGUCUGGAUGCUGGUGCCACUAAUAUUGAUCUAAAGCUUAAGGACUAUGGAGUGGAUCUCAUUGAAGUUUCAGGCAAUGGAUGUGGGGUAGAAGAAGAAAAGUUCGAAGGCUUAACUCUGAAACAUCACACAUCUAAGAUUCAAGAGUUUGCCGACGUACCUCAGGUUGAAACUUUUGGCUUUCGGGGGGAAGCUCUGAGCUCACUUUGUGCACUGAGCGAUGUCACCAUUUCUACCUGCCACGUAUCGGCGAAGGUUGGGACUCGACUGGUGUUUGAUCACGAUGGGAAAAUCAUCCAGAAAACCCCCUACCCCCACCCCAGAGGGAUGACAGUCAGCGUGAAGCAGUUAUUUUCUACGCUACCUCUGCACCAUAAAGAAUUUCAAAGGAAUAUUAAGAAGAAACGUGCCUGCUUCCCCUUCGCCUUCUGCCGUGAUUGUCAGUUUCUUGAGGCCUCCCCAGCCAUGCUUCCUGUACAGCCUGCAGAACUCGAUGUCACCAUUUCUACCUGCCACGUAUCGGCGAAGGUUGGGACUCGACUGGUGUUUGAUCACGAUGGGAAAAUCAUCCAGAAAACCCCCUACCCCCACCCCAGAGGGACCACAGUCAGCGUGAAGCAGUUAUUUUCUACGCUACCUGUGCGCCAUAAGGAAUUUCAAAGGAAUAUUAAGAAGAAACGUGCCUGCUUCCCCUUCGCCUUCUGCCGUGAUUGUCAGUUUCUUGAGGCCUCCCCAGCCAUGCUUCCUGUACAGCCUGCAGAACUCGAUGUCACCAUUUCUACCUGCCACGUAUCGGCGAAGGUUGGGACUCGACUGGUGUUUGAUCACGAUGGGAAAAUCAUCCAGAAAACCCCCUACCCCCACCCCAGAAGGACCACAGUCAGCGUGAAGCAGUUAUUUUCUACGCUACCUGUGCGCCAUAAGGAAUUUCAAAGGAAUAUUAAGAAGAAACGUGCCUGCUUCCCCUUCGCCUUCUGCCGUGAUUGUCAGUUUCUUGAGGCCUCCCCAGCCAUGCUUCCUGUACAGCCUGCAGAACUCGAUGUCACCAUUUCUACCUGCCACGUAUCGGCGAAGGUUGGGACUCGACUGGUGUUUGAUCACGAUGGGAAAAUCAUCCAGAAAACCCCCUACCCCCACCCCAGAGGGACCACAGUCAGCGUGAAGCAGUUAUUUUCUACGCUACCUGUGCGCCAUAAGGAAUUUCAAAGGAAUAUUAAGAAGAAACGUGCCUGCUUCCCCUUCGCCUUCUGCCGUGAUUGUCAGUUUCUUGAGGCCUCCCCAGCCAUGCUUCCUGUACAGCCUGCAGAACUCGAUGUCACCAUUUCUACCUGCCACGUAUCGGCGAAGGUUGGGACUCGACUGGUGUUUGAUCACGAUGGGAAAAUCAUCCAGAAAACCCCCUACCCCCACCCCAGAGGGACCACAGUCAGCGUGAAGCAGUUAUUUUCUACGCUACCUGUGCGCCAUAAGGAAUUUCAAAGGAAUAUUAAGAAGAAACGUGCCUGCUUCCCCUUCGCCUUCUGCCGUGAUUGUCAGUUUCUUGAGGCCUCCCCAGCCAUGCUUCCUGUACAGCCUGCAGAACUCGAUGUCACCAUUUCUACCUGCCACGUAUCGGCGAAGGUUGGGACUCGACUGGUGUUUGAUCACGAUGGGAAAAUCAUCCAGAAAACCCCCUACCCCCACCCCAGAGGGACCACAGUCAGCGUGAAGCAGUUAUUUUCUACGCUACCUGUGCGCCAUAAGGAAUUUCAAAGGAAUAUUAAGAAGAAACGUGCCUGCUUCCCCUUCGCCUUCUGCCGUGAUUGUCAGUUUCUUGAGGCCUCCCCAGCCAUGCUUCCUGUACAGCCUGCAGAACUCGAUGUCACCAUUUCUACCUGCCACGUAUCGGCGAAGGUUGGGACUCGACUGGUGUUUGAUCACGAUGGGAAAAUCAUCCAGAAAACCCCCUACCCCCACCCCAGAGGGACCACAGUCAGCGUGAAGCAGUUAUUUUCUACGCUACCUGUGCGCCAUAAGGAAUUUCAAAGGAAUAUUAAGAAGAAACGUGCCUGCUUCCCCUUCGCCUUCUGCCGUGAUUGUCAGUUUCUUGAGGCCUCCCCAGCCAUGCUUCCUGUACAGCCUGCAGAACUCGAUGUCACCAUUUCUACCUGCCACGUAUCGGCGAAGGUUGGGACUCGACUGGUGUUUGAUCACGAUGGGAAAAUCAUCCAGAAAACCCCCUACCCCCACCCCAGAGGGACCACAGUCAGCGUGAAGCAGUUAUUUUCUACGCUACCUGUGCGCCAUAAGGAAUUUCAAAGGAAUAUUAAGAAGAAACGUGCCUGCUUCCCCUUCGCCUUCUGCCGUGAUUGUCAGUUUCUUGAGGCCUCCCCAGCCAUGCUUCCUGUACAGCCUGCAGAACUCGAUGUCACCAUUUCUACCUGCCACGUAUCGGCGAAGGUUGGGACUCGACUGGUGUUUGAUCACGAUGGGAAAAUCAUCCAGAAAACCCCCUACCCCCACCCCAGAGGGACCACAGUCAGCGUGAAGCAGUUAUUUUCUACGCUACCUGUGCGCCAUAAGGAAUUUCAAAGGAAUAUUAAGAAGAAACGUGCCUGCUUCCCCUUCGCCUUCUGCCGUGAUUGUCAGUUUCUUGAGGCCUCCCCAGCCAUGCUUCCUGUACAGCCUGCAGAACUCGAUGUCACCAUUUCUACCUGCCACGUAUCGGCGAAGGUUGGGACUCGACUGGUGUUUGAUCACGAUGGGAAAAUCAUCCAGAAAACCCCCUACCCCCACCCCAGAGGGACCACAGUCAGCGUGAAGCAGUUAUUUUCUACGCUACCUGUGCGCCAUAAGGAAUUUCAAAGGAAUAUUAAGAAGAAACGUGCCUGCUUCCCCUUCGCCUUCUGCCGUGAUUGUCAGUUUCUUGAGGCCUCCCCAGCCAUGCUUCCUGUACAGCCUGCAGAACUCGAUGUCACCAUUUCUACCUGCCACGUAUCGGCGAAGGUUGGGACUCGACUGGUGUUUGAUCACGAUGGGAAAAUCAUCCAGAAAACCCCCUACCCCCACCCCAGAGGGACCACAGUCAGCGUGAAGCAGUUAUUUUCUACGCUACCUGUGCGCCAUAAGGAAUUUCAAAGGAAUAUUAAGAAGAAACGUGCCUGCUUCCCCUUCGCCUUCUGCCGUGAUUGUCAGUUUCUUGAGGCCUCCCCAGCCAUGCUUCCUGUACAGCCUGCAGAACUCGAUGUCACCAUUUCUACCUGCCACGUAUCGGCGAAGGUUGGGACUCGACUGGUGUUUGAUCACGAUGGGAAAAUCAUCCAGAAAACCCCCUACCCCCACCCCAGAGGGACCACAGUCAGCGUGAAGCAGUUAUUUUCUACGCUACCUGUGCGCCAUAAGGAAUUUCAAAGGAAUAUUAAGAAGAAACGUGCCUGCUUCCCCUUCGCCUUCUGCCGUGAUUGUCAGUUUCUUGAGGCCUCCCCAGCCAUGCUUCCUGUACAGCCUGCAGAACUCGAUGUCACCAUUUCUACCUGCCACGUAUCGGCGAAGGUUGGGACUCGACUGGUGUUUGAUCACGAUGGGAAAAUCAUCCAGAAAACCCCCUACCCCCACCCCAGAGGGACCACAGUCAGCGUGAAGCAGUUAUUUUCUACGCUACCUGUGCGCCAUAAGGAAUUUCAAAGGAAUAUUAAGAAGAAACGUGCCUGCUUCCCCUUCGCCUUCUGCCGUGAUUGUCAGUUUCUUGAGGCCUCCCCAGCCAUGCUUCCUGUACAGCCUGCAGAACUCGAUGUCACCAUUUCUACCUGCCACGUAUCGGCGAAGGUUGGGACUCGACUGGUGUUUGAUCACGAUGGGAAAAUCAUCCAGAAAACCCCCUACCCCCACCCCAGAGGGACCACAGUCAGCGUGAAGCAGUUAUUUUCUACGCUACCUGUGCGCCAUAAGGAAUUUCAAAGGAAUAUUAAGAAGAAACGUGCCUGCUUCCCCUUCACCUUCUGCCGUGAUUGUCAGUUUCUUGAGGCCUCCCCAGCCAUGCUUCCUGUACAGCCUGCAGAACUGAUGUAACUGGAGAGCUACGGGCAUGCAGAAGUUGGAAGAUGAGGGAAGGCAUCACAGAGGCUGUGGGAUGAACCGACUUCAAGGAAUGGGUGCUUCCCUUCAGAACCACGUGUGUGGGACACCCAGACAGAAAACACAAAUGCAAAGUCAAGUGGAGGGCAUUUGGAAGGAGCAGUGAAGCCAAGCCAGGAAACACCAAGAUGGCGAGCCAGUGUGGUUGUAGAGAUUGUAGAGAGGGUGGAAUUGGCACUGUGGACCCUGGCCUCGAUAGAGAAAGACAUCAGGUAAGGAAGUUGCUCAGGUGGGCGGUGAGGUUGUCGUGCUUUGGAAAGAUGUUCAGGCUGCACUAGGAAGCCCCUUGGCUUGGGGAGAGACUCCAGGAAACCCCAGCAGGGAGCAUUUGACAGUGGAUUCGAGUGAUGCAAGGGGGACCUGGACUGUGACCUCUGUCACGGGAACCCAGAGGAGGUUGAUGGCUUUUGCGGUUGAUGUGGGAAGGAGAGAGAGAGAAGAACCGGAAACGUCUGCUUGCUGGGGGAAGUGUCAUGUCCGCUCCUCCGCUCCUUUUCUUCUCCCCUUAGGAGCGGUUCAUGGUUCCUUUUGUUUUUUGUUCUUUUUUUUUUUUUUUUUGAGACGGAGUCUCAUUCUGUCGCCCAGGCUGGAGUGCAGUGGUGCGAUCUCGGCUCACUGCAAGCUCCGCCUCCCAGGUUCAUGCCAUUCUCCUCCCUCAGCCUCCCGAGUAGCUGGGACUACAGGCGCCCGCCACCACACCCGGCUAAUUUUUGUAUUUUUUUUUUUUUAAGUGGAGACAGGGUUUCACCAUGUUAGCCAGGAUGGUCUCGCUCUCCUGACCUUGUGAUCCGCCCACCUCGGCCUCCCAAACUGUUGAGAUUACAGGCGUGAGCCACCGCACCUGGCCUGUUUUACUCUUUUAUUUGUACACUGGCAUUGGAGUUUGUUUUGUUUGCCUGUUUUUUUUUUUUUUUUUGAAAAAAAGUCUCACUCUGUUGCCCAGGCUGGAGUGCAGUGGCUCAACCUUAGCUUACUGCAACCUCCACCUCCUGGGUUCAAGGGGUUCUCUUGCCUCAGCCUCCCAAGUAGCUUGGAUAACAGGUGCACACCAACAUGCCCGACUGAUUUUUCUAUUUUUAGUAGAGACGGGGUUUUGCCAUGUUGGCCAGGCUGGUCUCAAACUCCUGAUCUCAGGUGAUCCGCUUGCCUCGGCCUCCCAAAGUGCUGGGAUUACAGGCCUGAGCCACCACGCCCAGCCUGAGUUUCUUUUUAGAGACAACAGUCUAAGAUACUAUAAUCCUGUCUUUUUUGUACACAGAAUAAAGAGGACAAAUAGGUGAAAGAAUAAAAGAAAGGCUGCAAUCCCACUUCCCCCGCUGUCCCAGGGCAUUGGAUAUUGAUGGAUAGGAGGCAGCAAACCACUCACA